AUGGCCCGCUGCUUGGGCUCCGUGAUGCUGCUGCUGCUGCUACAGCUGCUUCUGAGGUCUACGACGAGCUCCGCCGCACGGAACCGAUGCGUGGACGCGGCCGAGGCGUGCACGGCGGACGCGCGGUGCCAGCAGCUACGCACGGAGUACGUGGCGCAGUGCCUGGGUGGAGGCGCGGGCGGGCUGUGUCCCCGCGCCCGCUGCCGCCGCGCCUUGCGCCGCUUCUUCGCCCGAGGGCCGCCCGCGCUCACGCACGCGCUGCUCUUCUGCCCGUGCGCGGACCCCGUGUGCGCCGAGCGCCGGCGCCAGACCUUCGUGCCCGCCUGCGCCUUCUCCCGGCCCGGCCAGGCGCCGCCCUCCUGCCUGGCGCCCUUAGACACCUGCGAGCACAGCCGGGUCUGCAGGUGCGGGCGGGGGCGGGGGCGGGGGCGGGGGCGGGGCCUGAGGGCCGGGCCCCCAUUCGCUCAUCGUUUCCCUCCGACCGCGCAGACCCCGCCUCCUGGCCUUCCAGGCCUCCUGCGCGCCCGCCCCCAGUGCGCCCGACGGCUGCCCGCGAGAUCAGGCCUCCCGCUGUCUGCGCGCCUACGCGGGCCUCAUAGGUACACAGUGCGGGGGCCCGGGCGCGGACGGGGCUCUUCCGGGCUUCCUCCACCCGGGUGGACCGAUUACUGCGCUCUCGGGGUCCCCGCAGGCACCGCAGUCACCCCCAACUAUGUGGACAACGGGAGCGCGCGCGUGGCGCCCUGGUGCGACUGCGGAGCCAGCGGAAAUCGACGGGAGGAGUGCGAAGCCUUCCGGGAGCUCUUUACCGGGAAUCGCUGCUUGGAUGGCGCUAUACAGGCCUUUGACAGCUGGCAGCCCCCAGUCCUGCAGGCCCAUCCAGACUCCAGCCAGGACCUUGAGCACAGCCGCCUGCAGGUAUCCUCCACAGAUGGGCCCCUGAAGGGGUGCUCCCUGCUCUCCAUCUCCCUGUCUUGGCUCUCCAGACUCUGCUCUGACUAGAACAGCAGACCUUGAACAGCACAGCCAACUAUCCCACCCUGCCCGGGUACAUGGCCACCUCUGUGGCCUACUGCCCCACUGAAAAGGGACUGGUUUACCUCCCCCCCUCCCCGGCCCCCAAGCUAGCCCCAGUGGCUCUUGCCCUGCUGCCCUCUGCAGGUCUGGACAUCCUGUGUGCUUGUCCCCUGGAGUGAGGCAUAUAGUCUACAGGCCUAAUUGCGAAGCUCAUGGUUUCCCUUUCAGUCGGUUUCUUGGUUGUAGGUCUCUUUCUCCACAGACCUUGGAACAGUUGGAGUUUCCCAAAGGUUAGGCAUGAGAGGGGGUCACCUGUGUAGCCGAGGCCUCACCAGGCCCCAAGAUAACCUAGAGAAGGUGAGAGACCAACCAAACUCCAAGAAUUAUAAGAGAUUUUAUCAGCCCCCCAAGCAGAUUAUACCUUAAAGAGUAAUCUGAACAGAUUUAUAGGCAAAACCCCCGCUAACACUGCAGCCUUUCAUGGCCCCUUCCCAGUUAUGUGCCACUCAUGAUGAUAAUCACCCGUGUCCCAUGACAAACGUCCCAUGGCAGAGUGAUAUGUUGCUUGGUGGGUACCACCUUGAGUAGGUGGGAACCCAGUUCCCUGCAUUGCACUGGCCAUGUAGCCACCUACCCCAUGGUUUAACCCAGCACUGGGAAUGGUAUCCACAGCUCAAUAAACCCAUGUUCACUGAGACCGGCCUUGCUUUCAUGUGAUCUGUGUCCUGGGACCUAUGGUUAGCCACAGGGUGUGUUUCUGCUGCUGGCCAAGGUGACCUCAGAUGGCUUCAGAACUUCUCUGGGCUCUGUCUCCUGACCUAUCGAUGCUGAACUGAA